AUGAUUGGGAGGGCGAAGACGACAUUACUUUGUAUUGAGACUGCGAAGAGAAUGACUACUAGUUAUGCGAUACUGUCACAUCGCUGGGGAACUGGCACGGAGGUGACGUACAAAGAGAUGACUGGGCUCAUGAAGAUGGAAGGGCAGAAGGGGAACGAGGUCAAGCGGCGCGACGGCUACCGGAAGAUCAUCAAGAGUUGCGAACAGGCCAUGAAGGACGGCCACAAGUGGCUGUGGAUCGAUACCUGUUGCAUCGACAAACGAAGUAGCUCGGAGCUAUCGGAAGCUAUCAAUUCGAUGUAUAGGUGGUACCAGAACUCGCAGGUGUGCUACGCAUACCUCAGCGACGUUGACGAACCAACUUUUCCUACCAAACCAAACUACAGCAAGUUCAGCAACUCUAAUGGCUGGCCAGAGUGGUUCAUCCGCGGGUGGACACUCCAGGAACUCAUUGCUCCAAGGGAAGUCAAGUUCCUCAACGGAGUCUGGGCGCCUAUUGGCAAUAAAGGUGACCUUGCAGACACACUGCAGGAGGUCACGCGAAUACCCCUCAAAGUUUUGACGAAUGGCCUGACCUCGGUUCGCCCUUCCAUUGCUCAGGUCAUGUCGUGGGCAGCCGACCGGAAGACGACGCGGGUGGAAGAUCGAGCAUAUUCAUUGUUGGGGUUAUUUGGCGUGAAUAUGCCUAUGUUGUACGGGGAGAGGGAGAAAGCAUUUCAGCGGCUACAGUUGGAGAUCAUCCGGCAGUCUAGCGAUCAUAGGAAGGAUUCAGCGGACUGGUACUGUCCUGGCAGACGACCCGAGCUACUUUCAAGAUUGCCAUGA